UAUGUCUGUCUGCGUAAAAGAGGAAUACAUUUCAGAUGCUUACUGUAUCCCAACCAAACACAAUGAAUCUUCUUCUACUGGUGAACCCCAAACCAGUAACACACAUUUUCAGUGUGAAGCACCCCCCGAUGAGGGUACAUAUAGCUGCCCCGAGUGUCAGGAAUGGUUUACCAGUGAGUCUGAUCUACUUCUACAUCAGACCAUCCAUAAUAGAUCGGAGGUCUCCUCUCUGGACGCCGGGAAAAGUUCUUACUCUAAAUCUAAGCGCAUUAGGCAUCAGCGAGGGGAGAAGCCUUAUUCCUGUUCUGAGUGCGGGAAAUGUUUUAUUAGUAACUGGCACCUUGUGCAACAUUUCAGAGUUCACACCGGGGAGAAGCCUUAUAUAUGUUCCGAGUGUGGGAAAUGUUUCAAGGGGAACGCUGACCUUCUUCGACACCUCAGAAUUCACACCGGGGAGAAGCCUUUUUCGUGUUCCGAUUGCGGGAAAUGUUUCAAACAAAGGACACAUUUUUUACGCCACCAGCAGACUCACACGGGAGAAAAACCCUUUCCCUGUUCUGAGUGCGAGAAAUGUUUUACCAGCAACUUUCACCUUGUUCAACAUUUCAGAACUCACACCGGGGAGAAGCCUUUUUCAUGUUCUGAGUGUGGGAAAAGCUUUGGCAGUAACUGGCUCCUCGGUCAACAUCUCAGAAUCCACACCGGGGAAAAUCCUUAUUUGUGUUCCGAGUGCGGGAAAUGUUUCAAGCAAAAGUCACAUUAUGUAGUCCACCAGCGGACCCACACAGGUGAAAAACCAUUUCCAUGUUCCGAGUGCGGAAAGAGUUUUGGCAGUAACAGGGAACUCAUUCGACAUCUCAGGAUUCACACCGGGGAGAAACCUUAUUCCUGUUCCGAGUGCGGGAAAUGUUUCAAGCAAAAGUCGCAUAUUGUAGCCCACCAGCGGAGCCACACAGGAGAAAAAACAUUUCUGUGCUCCAUAUGCGGGAAAAGUUUUAUCAGCAAUUGCCACCUUGCUCAACAUCUCAGAAUUCACACUGGGGAGAAACCUUAUUCCUGUUCCGAGUGCGGGAAAUGUUUCAAGCAAAAGUCCCAUAUCGUAGCCCACCAGCGCACUCACACGGAAAUGGAUCAAACAGCAGAGAAAACCUUUCCGUGUUCUGAAUGUGGGAAAAGCUUUGCACGAAUGAGUGGUCUUAGAGCACACAAGGGAAUUCACACCGGGGAUAAACCGUAUGAAUGUUCCGAAUGCGGGAAAUGUUUCACCUUGAUAGGAAAUCUCAGUAGACAUGAGAAAACCCACACGGGAGAGAAACCGUUUGCAUGCUCUGAAUGUGAGAAAUGUUUCAUUUCAAGCUGUGAGCUCACAGAACACGAGCGAACUCACACCGGAGAGAAACCAUUUGAGUGUUCCGAGUGUGGAAAAAGUUUUGGUCAUAAGGUAUCACUUAGGUUGCAUCUGAGACUUCACACCGGAGUGAGACCGUAUUCAUGUGCUGAAUGUGGGAAACGUUUCAUCACAAAGCCACAACUUACCCAACAUGAACGAAGUCACACCGGCGAGAGACCGUUUGUGUGUUCCGAAUGUGGAAACCGUUUCGCCACAAAACAAGUGCUUACCAGGCAUGAGCGAGUUCACACCGGGGAGAAGCCGUACGCGUGUUCAGACUGCAAGAAAUGUUUUUUUACAAAGCCAGAGCUACGCAGACACGAGAUGUUUCACAGUGGAGAAAAAACAUUUGCGUGUCCGGAGUGCGGAAAACGUUUCACCUUAAAGUCAGAACUCACCAGACACAAGCGAUUUCAUACUGGAGAGAAACCAUUUCCGUGUCCUGAAUGCGGGAAACGCUUCACUACGACGGGGAGCCUCAGUGAUCAUAUGAGAAUGCACACGGGAGAGAAACCUUUCGCGUGUCCUGAAUGUGGGGAACGUUUCGCUAGACAAUGGAAGCUUAAUAUACAUGAAAGGUUUCACAAAGAAGGAAACCAGUUUGUGUGUUCUGAAUGUGGGAAAAGUUUUGCCACGCAGAGAAGCCUUAAUCAACACGAGAAGCUUCACACUGGGGAGAAACAAUUCGCUUGCUCUGAAUGUGGCAAAGGUUUUCUGAGAAUGGAACAUCUCAAGAGCCACGAAAGGCUCCACACAGGAGAAAAGCCAUUCGGGUGUACCGAGUGUGGAAAAUGUUACACAACAAAGACCGCACUUAGCAUUCAUGAGAAAAAGCACAAAGGAGAGAAAUCAUUUGCGUGUUCCGAAUGUGGAAAAUGUUUUACCACAAAGUCAGAACUUCUAGUACAUGAGCGAUAUCACACUGGAGAGAAACCUUUUAGAUGUGCCGAAUGCGGAAAACCGUUUACCACAAAGUCAGAGCUGGCUCAACAUGAGAAAUUCCACACAGGCGAGAAGUCGUUUGCGUGUUCGGAAUGCGGAAAGUGUUUUUAUACCAAAGCACAUCUCAAGCAGCAUGAGAGAAUUCACACGGGAGAGAAGCCAUUCGCAUGUUCAGAAUGUGGAAAAUGUUUUGCCACGAAGUCGGAGGUCAAUCGGCACCUGAGGACUCACACGGGAGAGAAACCGUUCCCGUGUUCGGAAUGCGGAAAAUCUUUUCACACCAAGUCACACCUGAGUAGGCAUGAGAGGACUCACACCGGGGAGAGGCCAUUUGCGUGUUCUAAAUGCGAAAAACGUUUUAACACGAGCGAGCACCGGAAUAGACACGAGAAAACACACAUUUCAAAGGUUCCAACUGCAUAGAGGAAUGUGGACAGAAUUUAGGAAUAGGAAGAUGAUUUUGGCCCCAAUCUUUGGCUGCCCCAAUCUUUGGCUGCAAGAUUAAGUUUUCCAUCUUUAAUUUUUAAACCGCGUGGUGCAAAUUCUAACUUGUGUGAUUUUUUUUUUUUUUUUU